AUGACAAGUUCAUGGCCGACGGCGCUCUCAGCAGACGUCAAGCUGGCGACCGUAGCAGGAAAGAAGGCCGAGGAGGAGGAGCAGCCUGCAGCACCUCCUGUAGCAGCAGCAGCACCAUCAGCACCAGCAGCUCCUGCAGCUGCAGCAGCAGCAGCAGCUGAGGAAGAGGACGAGGAGGAGUGUAUGGUGGAGAAGGUUUUGGACCACAGAGUGGUGAAAGGAAGAGUAAAGUUUCUGCUGAAAUGGAAGGGGUUCUCAGAUGAGGAUAACACAUGGGAGCCGCAAGACAACCGGGACUGCCCCGACCUUAUCGCAGAGUACAUGCAGAAACACAAGGAGAAGGAGGAGAAAAAGAAGGAGGGCAAGAGGAAAGUUGUCAGUGAGGCCUCGGGAGACUCAGAGGAGCGAGGGAGCAAGAGGAAGAAGGAGGAGGCGCCCUCAGCAGACGUCAAGCUGGCGACCGUAGCAGGAAAGAAGGGCAAGAAGGCGGAGGAGGAGCAGCCUGCAGCACCUCCUGCAGCUGCAGAAGCCGCCACAGCAGCAGCUAAGGAAGAGAAGGAGGAGGAGUGUGUGGUGGAGAAGGUUUUGGACCGCAGAGUGGUGAAGGGAAGAGUAGAAUUUCUGCUGAAAUGGAAGGGGUUUUUAGAUGAGGAUAACACAUGGGAGCCGGAAGACAACCGGGACUGCCCCGACCUUAUCGCAGAGUACAUGCAGAAACGCAAGGAGGAGAAAAAGAAGGAGGGCAAGAGGAAAGUUGUUAUUGAGGCCUCGGGAGACUCAGAGGAGCGAGGGAGCAAGAGGAAGAAGGAGGAGAAACGGAGAGGAGGAGAGGGACCCAAACGUCACCACUGUCAACACUGUGACAAAUCUUUCACAUCAUCUGGAUAUUUCAAGAUUCAUCAGCGAGUUCACACUGGACAGAGUCUACACAGCUGUGAUCAAUGUGAGGCAGCUUUCACACGCCAAUAUACCCUAAAAAUCCAUCAACGCAUUCACACUGGAGAGAAGCCGUACAGCUGUGAUCAAUGUGGGAAAACUUUGUCUUGUAGUAGAUACCUUAAAAGACACCAGUGCAUUCACACUGCCUUGUGAACAUGUUUUCAGAGCCAAGCUGUUAUUGUGGCUACGAUUACAUAUUACACUCCUUUCCUUUGAAGGGUUAGUCCUGUUAGAAAUGGGUCAAAUGCUGUGUGUUUUAAUGAUUACUUUUUUUUAGGGAUAAUAGAAUAAUUAAAUGAUAUAAAUGUAAAAGAACUAGGAGGGAGGUAUAUGUCUGGUAAUGUACACGGAUUGUAGUUAGUUUCUUGAAUUUAGCAAUGUUGGAAAUGGGGACCAGGUGUCUUCUAAGGCUGACAUUUGCUUCCUUCUGUGUGCAUUGUAUUUUCCAUUGAAAUGUAUUCUGAGAUUAAAAUUGAUUGAUGUGGCACAAA